AUGGCUAAAUUGACAGAAAGCCAGAAAUAUUGCAGAUGUGGAAACAAUGUUUUCUUGUUCGUGCUGGUAAUGGGUUUUGUGUCAGUUACGAGAAUCAGUGCGAAUACAACAGAGCCUCUCAGAUUUGCAGCAAAACCGAAUUUUGUUAUUUUGAUAAUGGACGAUAUGGGUUGGGGAGACCUUGGAAUUUUUGGUGAGCCAAACAAGGAAACGCCCAAUCUGGACAAGAUGGCUGCUGAAGGAAUACUGUUUCCAGAUUUUUACUCUGCGAACCCAUUGUGUUCACCUUCUCGUGCAGCUUUAAUGACUGGACGUCUGCCCAUCAGAAAUGGGUUUUAUACCACAAAUCAGCCUGGAAGGAAUGCCUACACCCCACAAGAAAUUGUUGGAGGCAUUCCAGACUCCGAGAUACUUCUGCCACAACUGCUUCAGGCUAAUGGCUAUCGCAACAAGAUCAUUGGCAAAUGGCAUUUGGGUCAUCAGCCUCACUACCACCCACUUAGACAUGGGUUUGAUGAAUGGUUCGGGUCACCAAAUUGCCACUUUGGGCCUUAUGAUAAUAAGUUGACUCCCAAUAUACCAGUGUACAAGGAUGCAGAUAUGGCUGGCAGGUUUUUUGAGGAUUAUAUUAUCACACCGAGUGGGGAGUCCAACCUGACCCAGUUGUAUAUUGAGGAAGCCACCAGUUUUAUAGAGCAGCAGGCACAGAAAGGGCAGCCAUUUUUCCUGUACUGGGCAGUAGAUGCCACUCAUGAGCCUCUGUACGCUUCAAGGUCGUUCCUGGGAACCUCUCGCAGGGGCCUCUACGGUGAUGCAGUAAGAGAACUAGACCACGGUGUGGGCAGGAUCCUCCAGUCAUUGCAGAAAACUGGGCUGGCCAACAACACACUCGUGUUUUUUACGUCAGACAAUGGAGCUGCAACAUACGCCAAGACCAGUGGUGGCAGCAAUGGCCCAUUCUUGUGUGGUAAAGAGACCACUUAUGAAGGGGGGUCUCGGGAACCAACUAUUGCCUGGUGGCCAGGUACCAUCACAGAAGGCCAGGUGUCAAGACAGAUUGGGAGUUUGAUGGACUUUUUUACCACAUUCCUGGAUUUUGCAGACAUUGAGCCUCCAAGUGACAGAAUUCUUGAUGGGAUUAGCCUGCGUGAGGCUCUUCUUAAUAAUAGUUUGACAGACAGGCCAGUGUUCUACUAUCGUGGUGAUCUACUGAUGGCCAUCAGAGUGGGUCAGUACAAGGCACACCUGUGGACCUGGAGCAACAGCUGGUCUGAGUUUCAGAACGGAUCUGGAGUCAAUUUCUGCCCGGGUCAGGAGAUUGUUGGAGUGACCACUCAUGACCAAGUCAACCACACAUCCAGUCCACUGUUGUUUGACCUGGGAGCAGAUCCAGGUGAAAAGUAUGUCAUCAGACCACAGUCGGCGGUGUAUAAACAACAGAUGCCGCUAAUUUUGGCAACUUUGCAGAACCAUCUGGACCACCUGAAACCUGGAGAUCCACAGCUGAACAUGUGUGAUUCUGCUGUCAUGAACUGGGCCCCUCAAGGCUGUGAAAAAUUAGGACGCUGCCUUCCUGUUCCCCCCUCCAGUCCUUACAAAUGUGACUGGCCUCACUGA